CCCGUUGUAACUAACUUGCAAUUGGCCAAAUUCCCACUGCUAUUAGCGCGGCCUCGGCAAAACGUUGCUCUCGGUCUCUAGAGUCCAGGAGCCUGAAGGUAGAGCUCUUCUUAUCUGAACGUCGCACUUCCGUCAGCUCCAGCUUCAAAGUGAGCAUAGACAUUACCCCCCCACUCGCAACAAAGAUGGCCCCGCAAGACUUCCUCAACUAUCCCCCGCCGGUUAAAGCCGCUGAAACCCCCUACGAGAACCCAGCCUUCAGCAAUCCAACACUCUCGGGCAUUGCCCUCUCUAUCCUGAGCACUGUCACCGAGAACGUCGGCCCUCUCCAGCAGCUGCUCUGGAACAAUGCCGGGUUUACCCAAUCGCUCGCCGCGAUCGAGAAAACCGGCUGUCUGGACGCCCACGUCGCGCGGUACGAUCCCACCGUGACAUCUGUGGCGCGCGGCUCGGCCGACGCCGACGCCGAGGAGGAGGUGCAGGCUUCAGUCGCACCAAGGGCAAAAAGUGUAUUUCACUCUUCGGCUGACUACAUCGCCGCGUACAAGUCCGGCGCAACGACGCCGACUGAGGUCGCAGAGAGGUUCAUCGCCAGUCUGGGAAGGGACGAGAGGAACCUCGUGUUCAUCUCCGUCACGCCGGCAGAUCAACUUCUUGCCGCGGCGAGGGAGUCCACAGCAAGGUAUGCGGCCGGGAACUCGCUUCCGCUCGAUGGCGUGCCGUUGGUGGUCAAGGACGAGCUCGACGUUGCGGGGACGCCCAAGACCCUCGGACUGACCACGCAAGAGGCGGAAGUGCGCCACGUCGGCGUGGCGGAGCAGGGGCAGACAUCGUGGUGCGUGCAGAAGCUUCUGGACGCGGGCAUGCUGUUCCUGGGCAAGAGCAACAUGCACGAGAUCGGGCUGGACACGACGAACAACAACCCGAACUGGGGCACGCCGCCGAAUCCGUACAACAAGCACUACUAUCCCGGCGGGUCCUCGGGCGGCUCCGGCGCCGCCGUCGGCGGCGGGAUCGUCCCCAUUGCGGUCGGCGCCGACGGCGGCGGAUCGAUCCGCGUGCCCGCCGCCUACUGCGGCGUCUACGGCCUCAAGCCCACGCACGGCCGCGUCUCGUCUGAACCCACCGUCAGUAUCGCGCCGAGCGUCGGCGUCGUCGGCCCCAUCGCAGCCACCAUCGACGACCUCGAGCUAGCCUACCGCAUCAUGGCCACCCCGGACCCAACCAGCCACUUCCCGCCCCCCACCACCCGCACCUCCCCGCCACCUAAGAAGACCCUCGGAAUCUACACCCCAUGGUUCAACGACUGCGACGCCGAAGUCCUCGCGCUCACCACCGCGGCGAUCGCACACUACCGCGACGUCCUGCACUACGACAUCGUCGAGAUCUCACUCCCGUACCUCGCCUCCUCGCGCAGCGCACACGCGCUCACAAUCCUGUCCGAAAUCGGUGGCGUUUUCUGCCAAGGCAACACUCGCGGCCUCACGCCCGCCAACAAAGUCCUCGUCUCGAUCAGCUCGCGCGCACCAGCGCGGGACCUACUCCUCGCGCAAAAGCUGCGCGCCCUGAUGAUGUCCCACCUGGCGCACCUCUUCCAGCAGCACCCGGGACUAAUCAUAGUCACGCCCACGACGCCGCACGUAGGCGUUGCGAUCCCGGCUGGCUGCGCCGUCCGCGGCGGUCCGGGAGUUAGCGAUUCCAAUACGAGCCUGCGGAGCAUGCAGUACGUCUUCCUUGCGAAUUGGGCGGGGUGUCCGGCCGUUACCAUGCCGUGCGGGUAUAGUGCGCAGGCGGGCAUGCCCGUGGGAUUGAUGGGAAUGGCGGAGUGGUGCAGGGAGGAUAGCCUCAUUGACUGGGCGAGGGAGUGGGCGGAUAGCUGGGAGGCGGGCGGGGAGGUCGAGGCGAGGGGAGUCGGCGGCGUUAGUGGCAAGAGACGCCGCGGUGAGACGUGGCUUGAUCUGCUGGCCGGGGGUGAGGUCGAGGAGGGCGCGAUGAGCUGGAUUCAGGCGGAGUAGGGCGGUGAGGACUGUAGUGACACGGAGCCGCCGGGUUUUGGGCGAGUAGAAACUUGAGGCUUGUAUGAAUCGUAGGAUCACGACAGUCGUUUUUGUGGAUGAUUCCCUGCCUAUCUGUCUGCGGAUGCGAAUGCGAAUGAAUUGGUUUUGGUCUUUGGGUUUUUGGUAGAGCGUAUCGCGCUGUUGGCCGUACAAUUUAAUCAGCCAUAUGCUCUCGUUACUCAAA